CAUCUGCAUCAGCAGACCACAUCGUAAUCAUCGUUCUGGGCUUAAUGGUCCUUGUAGUGAUUGCAGCUGGGGCAGUUUGUUUCUUUACACGAAGAAGAGUGAGGAGAUACUCAGUUGACCUCACCCACAGAGCAGAUGAAGCCAACAUCCCUCUCAGUGCAUUAGAACCUGAAUUACCUGCUGAAGCUCUGCCUCCGAACGGCCUACAAACCUUUGAAGGGACUGAAACGUCUGCCAAAGAGCCAGAAGAACCAGAAGUGAAGCCUGAAACACAGGAGGAGCAAAAAACUGAGGUGGGUGAACCUGCUGUUGAUUCCAGCUCUGCGUCUGCAGCUGCAGCUCCGGACAGCUCAGAGGACAAACCCAAAGGGGACGGUAAAGAGGAAAGCUCCCCUGCAGAUGUGAAGCCCAGCUCAGAAGAGAAAACCGACGAUGAAGGUGCCGCCUCCAACAAGACCUCAGUGGAGUCUCUGAAGGAGACAAAUGAGACAAACGAGAACAACAGUAACAACACUGGCUCCAGUCAGAAGACAGAUGUGCAGACAGGCAACACACUCCAGGAAGUUUGUGUCGACUGUCUUGUCUGAAAAACAGCCUCCGCCUUCUUCUCUGUCCGUUCAUCAGAAACGAGGAUAAAAAAAAGAAACCGAAGUGACUGCAGGGGUUUGGGACACUUGUGUUCAAACUGUGUGGAAACUCCUCUGCAACUAAAGCUAAAUGUUUGUUGCAAAGCAAAUAGUUGAAUGGAAGGGAAACUGUUUUAUUGUCACUUUUUUUUCGUACAACAAAAUUUUUACAAAUUGAAAACAAUUAUUAGGAGGAACUAUGUUUAACUGGGUUUAUAUUUUGUUGGUUAAAAAGAGAAUAAGAUGCUUUUUUAAAUUCUUGCUGAAGUCCAGUAGCUUGAAAUCCAGCUUUUCACUGAUGCUGUAUUAGCCCUCUAUUUUGCAUCUGUGCUGUUUGCAAACCUGCAUUCUGUCCACUGGACUGCAGGGGGGCAGCUCCUGGAGACGAGAAGUUCAACUUGUUUAGAGCUAGAAAAAGUUAAGCUGACGUCUUCUUUGAUUUCUCAUUUUAGGUAAUUAUUUCUAAUGGAAUUUGAUGCAUUUGUAAAUAAUGGGUCUAUUUUGUUCAAAGACAAUGAAAGAUACAUUUUAAAACAUUGGUUGAUGCUGCUGGAUGUUCUCUCCAGCUCUCAGUAAUGUGCAGUUUCAGAGGACAAAGAUGGUGGACUUGUCCAUGUUUUAAUUCAGUCUGUGCAUUGUGGACUUUAGGAAAAACAUGAAACUUGCAUUUGCUUCAAUGGUUUUUUUUUGUUUUGUUUGUUUAUUUGUCUCCUUGUUUGUUUGUUUGUUUGUUUGUUUGUUUGUUUGUUUGUUUGUUUGUUUGUUUGUUUGUUUGUUUGUUUCUUUGUUUGUUCCAAUAACUGUCUUUAAAAGAUCAGACUUUAGGAAAUACAAAAAAGGAAAAACUUUUAAAAAAUAAUUUUACUGUUUUUAAAUGAGCAUGCUUUGUGGUCUGGUUGGUAUACAAAAUAAUUUUAUUUCAUUUGUUUUAAAUUUGUUUUGCCUAAUUAAUGGACCACUAUUUGCUUAAAUGUAAAUAUCAGUAGUGGCAGUCACUGCCCUUAUCCUUAAAUGGAUUAUUUGGUGAUUUUUGAAGUGAUGUUCUGUCAAAUAGUUCUCAGUAGUUUUAACAUUUUCAGAAAAAAAAAACCCAUCAGUCAUAGAGAGGUAGAAAAACAGGCAGAUUCUUUCUCCAGGCUGAGGGCCACGUUUAUAUUGUUUUUAGGCCUACAGUUUUUUUUUCUCCGCCCUCUCUUAUUUUACUGUUUGUGUAACUGAUGUUGUACGUGUGUCACAGGUCUCAUUAACACAACAUGUUUCAAUGAGAUUACCUGCCUAAAUAAAGUUUUUUAUUAAAAAAAACUGAUAUUUGACAGAACAUCACUUCAAAACUCAACAGAUUAUUCCCUUAAACGUGGGUUUGCACAAAACACAAGGAAAAAACUGCACAUUUCCAAAGUAUGCCUUCUGAAUAACAGGAUUUUUUUGUUAGUUUUUUUUUUUUUUUGGGGGGGGGUGGGGGGUGGCAUAUACAGCAUUCACCAUUAUCAUCUUAUUUUAUCAGAAAAAAAUAAUAAUACAGAAAAAGUUGUAAAUUAAUUAUUACCACCAUACAAUCACAGUUAAAUCAUUUGUACAGAAAUUUUAUGCUCUUAUUACUUUUGUGUUAUGCCAAUUCCUAUGGUUUGAUUUUUGUUUCAAUGUUUUCGAAUAAAAAUAGUUUUUGCAUUUCA